UUCUGGAAGCAGAGUGUAAGGAGGAGGACACCAUAUUCCCUGCCUUCUUCUUCUUUCUCCCCACAGCAUGUGGAAGGGCAGACAUGCUCUUCCAUGUCUUGUUCCAGUUCUUCUUGCCCUCCUACCCGCUGUUACCUCCCUCCAUGGAGAACCGCAGUAUAUGGUGCUGGUCCCUUCCCAGCUCCAUACUGAGACCCCGGAGCAAAGCUGUCUCCAUCUGCAUCACCUGAAUGAGACAGUGACUGUGAGGGCCUCUUUGCAGUCUAGCUGGGGAAACAAGAGCCUGUUCAACGACCUCGUGGUUGACAAGGACUUGUUCCACUGUGUCUCCUUCACUAUUCCCAGAUUCUUACCUUCUGACUUGGUAGCAGUUCUCUCUGUUCACAUAAAAGGACCAACUCAUGAAUUCAAGAAAAAGAAAGCCGUGCUGGUGAAGAACAGAGAAAGCAUCAUCUUUGUCCAGACAGACAAACCCAUGUACAAGCCAGGACAGUCAGUUAAGUUUCGAGUUGUCUCUGUGGAUAAAAAGCUACGCCUCCUGGAUGAAUUGUGAUCCCUGGGCCUUGGGUGACAGAGAUUUUACAUAGGUGUACUAUUCAGAGAUAAGAACUCUGCAGCUUCUUCUUCUCUGGGUGUUGACUUGUGUGUCUCUGGGUUAAAAGCCAUCUGUGGGAAUGAGGAACCUUCUCUGAAGA